ACUAGUACAGAAAUGUAGAACAUGUCUUAAGAUCAGUAAAAAAAUGUUUCCUUUAAAUGAACCUGCUAGAGGAUGUAGUCCCAAGAGGACCUAUGGUCAACUACUAAAGGAAUAUGCCAAAUUAGAGUUUACAUCAGAUUAUGAGCAUCUCAUGCCUCAACAUUUAUGUGCUUUGUGCUGUCGUGAGUUGAGGUCCACAAAUGCAUUUGUUCGACAAGCCAAGUAUUCCUAUAAUGAACUUAUAAAUCUUAUUUCUAAACAAUUGGAUUGUCUACAAGAAAAAACUAUUGAUUUCCCACCAAAUGGAAACGAAUUGGAAAAAUCCCUUGAUAUCAAAAUUGAAAAUUAUAUUGAUGAAUACCAUGCGAUAGGACGAAAAGUCCAAGAUAAUACAACAGAAGGACUCAACAUUGUAAUCAUGAGUACUAUGUUGAAGUCUGAAGUAUGUGAGGAAUCAACAGAUAAUGGCAAACCUAUUAAAAAGGAUGGAGAUAUUGAAGAAGUGGAUAUUAUUGAUAAUGUUCAAAAUGACUUAAACGAUUCAACAUUGGAAACAUCAACGUUGACCGAUACUAAUAAAACUGUUCCAUAUAUAACUGAUAAUGAUGAGGAGUCUUCUGAAUUUAAAAUAAACACAGUGUGCCCGAUAAGUGAUCAAACAAUACGCAGUUCUGAUAAUUUAUUAACACUCUUGCAUACACAAAAUGAUAUUACAGAGGAUAGCAAAUCUUUAGACGCACAAAAACCCAAAUCAAAAAAAGCACUUGUUUGUAAAUUAUGUCCCAUGAAAUAUAGCAAUAAAACCACGUACUUGAAACAUUUAAAGAAGAAACAUAACAUUGAUGAGAAACCGAAAAUCAAUAAAGCAAGCGAUAAAGAAGAUCGGACGCAUAAAAUUUAUAAAUGUCUUUCAUGUGAUUAUACAGCCAAAUCUCUUCCCACUUUAAGUUACCACACUCGUGCGAAACAUGGCAGCGAAAAGGACAAACACGCUUGCAAAUUUUGUUCACAAAAAUUUUUGCAGAAAUUUGAUUUGUUAAUGCAUUUGAAAAAAUCACACAAUGAACUGAUAAAGACACUUAAAGCUGAAGUAGAAAAUAAAACGGAUCAAGGGGAAAAUCUAAAUGAUGCCACUACUACAAAUAUAAAUAUGUUGGCACAAGAAGAUGAUAGUUCUCUUGAUGAAAAUGAAGACUCUUCUAGUGAUGACAGUAUUCCUUUGGCCCAAAAAAUCGAUAAAUCACAUUCAAUGUCAAACUUAGCCACUGCAAUGGAAGUAGAAAAGGAGGCGUUUAGUGAUGAAGAGUUUAUAAGAAACAUGAUAAGUUUAAAAAAACGAACACCCAAAUCGAUAGCGAACAAAUCUCUAGCCCGGAGCUGUGAUAAAUGUGGAAAAGUUUAUAAAAACUAUGAAUCUCUUUCUGCCCACCAAAGAUAUGUUCACAUCAGCGAAGAAAAAUACAGUUUAUGUCCACAUUGUGGUAAAAAAUUCAAAAGGAAAACUAACCUAAGGAUUCACAUAAAUAAUGUUCAUGUUGCAAACAAAUCUAAAGAAAUUGUUAAAAAAUCCACAGCACCUAAUGUUAAAGAGAAGAGGUUUAUGUGUACGGAAUGUUCCUACGUUUGCGGUACAAUAACCACAUUAACAAUACACAGAAAUCGUCAUCAUACAGGCGAAAAACCUUAUAAAUGUGAAUAUUGUCCCAAAUCGUUUGUGGUAUCGUACGACUUGAAACUUCAUCGUUAUCUACACACCGGCGAAAGACCUUUCAAAUGUUCGAUAUGUUCAAAGGGAUUCCAAGACAAUGCUCAUCUGGUUAAACACAAACGCAUGCACAACAGUUUACCGCCUAACCAGUGUGACGAUUGCGGUAAACGUUUUACCCAGUCGUACAAUUUAUUAGCACAUAAAAGAAUUCAUCUGAGAGAGAAAAAACUAAAUUGUACGAUUUGUGGAAAAGUAUUUGAGAAUAGAUCGUUGUUAAAUAUACAUCGUAUAAGUGAAAAUCAUCAUGAUGAAAUUAUAUAAAUCUUGGUAUGGAAAAAAUUGAAAUAUGCCUACAAAUAUUUAAUAAAUAAAAUAAUAAUAUUUAAUAAAUUGGCCUAGGAAGGCUUUUUAUAUUACUGUGAAUAAAUAAAUAAAAUAA